AUGGCUGAAAGCGAUGAACUGUUGAGGUCGAGUGAUUCUGACAGGUGUUCUGGAAGAUUUGAGACCAAUCUUAGUUCGGAAUUGAACCAUUACGUAUUCGGGCUUCAACCUGUGUGGUUUCACGUAGUCAAUGUUAUCCUUCAUGGCUUUUGUAGUGUUUUGUUUGCCCGCCUGUGCAUUUCAGUUGCUGGAUUAAAACAUAAAUAUGGACUUUUAGCUGGAAUUGUUUUCGCCGUCCAUCCGAUUCACACAGAAGCGGUUACGGGAAUAGUCGGAAGAGCAGAUGUAUUGGCUUGUCUAUUUUUUCUAUUAUCAUUUUUAACGUAUCACGAUGCUCGAUGGAAACGCAGAGAACGGGUGUUGCUUAGCUGUACAUUUGGAGCGUUAUCAAUGUUGGCCAAAGAAACCGGGCUAAUGGUCCUUUUAGUUAAUCUGGCUUACGACAUAUAUUCUUCGUGGGGUCAUAUUAAAAAAGAUACAACUCUACUUAACGAUAUUAUAACGGUUGCAUUGUUAACAUUUCGACUGUACAUGCUUCAAGGCAGUUUACCAAAAUUUACUGAACCGGACAAUCCUGCAGCGUUCCAUGACAGCUCAAGAGUCAGGUUCCUCAGCUAUAGCUAUGUGGCUGCAUUCAACCUGUGGCUGAUGUUAUGUCCGUCGGCAUUGAGCCAUGACUGGCAAAUGAAUUCACUACCAUUGGUCACGUCUUUGUACGAUAUCAGAAACAUCGGUACAUGUGUAGCUGCAGCAUUCUUGUUGUGUACUACAUGCAAAAUAUUAUCCGAUAUGGACUGUUGUAGCUUUUAUAACUAUAUACUUACUAUAAUAUUACUAAUUUACAGUAUGGGACUCAUUUUGUUUUGCGUGUAUGGACUUCAAACAAUCCAAAAUCACAAAAAAUCAUCGAACUGGGUGGUAAUUAUGACGAAAUUCUUUGUGGGAUUCACGCUCUUAGUAUUUGUAGCUAGAACAGUACUGAGAAAUAGUGAUUGGAUGUCUAGACCGACUAUUAUUAAGGCCGGUUUGAAGACUCUCCCACACAAUGCAAAAAUGCACUAUAAUUGGGCUAAUUACCAAAGGGACGUUGGGGACACGCAAACUGCUGUAAAUCACUACAGAGAAGCGUUAAGGUUAUGGCCGUCUUAUGCGAGUGCGCACAAUAAUUUAGGCACUCUGAUGGAAAGGUCCAGGGAUGCAGAACAUCAUUUUUUGGCCGCCAUCCGAUACUCACCCGGUCAUGUUAACGCUCAUUACAACUUGGGACAAGUUUACAGGUUGAUGAACCGGACAAAAGACGCAGUGACCAUGCUGGAACGAUGUCUCAUGUUAAACAACGGUUACACAGCUGCGUACUUGCUGUUGGCGAAAUUGCAUACAGGAAGCCAAACCGGGCGACUUUUGAAACAUGUUGCUGCCUAUCAGCCUAAACACCCUGAACACCAAGCACGUUAUGCUCGUUGGCUUCGUGAUAACCGUCGAGUGGCUGAGGCUUUAAUUUAUUAUAAACGAGCCAUGGCUGUGAAUAUGGAACACAGGGAGUCUGUUUUGGGCUUGGCUCUUGUACUUAGAGACCGAGGACAAAAAUCCAGAGUUUACAGACUUAUCACAUGGUGGCAGACGACGAGACGCAGACACUCGGUACCCGGCGGCGGUCGGAUCGUGUUCGCUGGCGAUCUCUACGUCAAGGGAUGGCAGCUUUACAAACAGGGCCAAACCACGGCGCCGCUACCUUCAGCCGGCGAGCCACCACCACGACAACGCAACACCGACGGAAAAAUGUCAAUGUGUAACGGCGUACAGCUAUCCCACGUGAUGAUUCCGGGAAAGUGACAGCGGAUUAAGGAAAAAGAAAUAAAGAAAAUAUUAUCUUCGAUCGGUUGAUGGUGGAGAAAUGCAGAUGACCAGGACUUUAAACGAUAAGAUAUGUCGUACGAAAUACAAAAAAAAAACGAUCAUAAUAUUACUUAUAAUAUAUUAUUAUACUAUAUAAUGUAUUAAUUAUAU